AUAACGAAGUAGCAACUUUGCAUCAUCAUCAUCAUCUCUCUCUCUCUCUCUCUCUCUCUCCCUCUCAUUCUGAAAUAGAUGAAGUAGAGAAGUUAAUGUUCACCAAACUUACUGUAAAGUCUGAAACUUUCUUCCUUCUUCUUCUUCUUCUUCUUCUUCUUUGCUUCAUUCAAAUUAAUCUUUCAAGAACCAGAGGAGUUGUCUCAGAUCUAGUGAUAUAAGUGAGGAAGAUUUGAAUUUCGUCACCAAUUCAAGAAAAGAUGAGUAAAGAAGAGUUUAUGAAGAUCCAGACUUGUGUUCUCAAAGUGAAUAUUCAUUGUGAUGGUUGUAAGCAGAAAGUGAAGAAAAUCUUGCAGAAAAUUGAAGGUGUUUUCACGACAAAGAUAGACGCAGAGCACGGGCAAGUGACUGUAUCUGGAAACGUAGACCCAUCAGUUCUUAUCAGGAAGCUCUGGAAACUUGGUAACCAUACCGAAAUUUGGGAGAGCUCAAAGGGAGGAAAUAACAACAAUCAGAACCAACACUUGGCCAAUCAGUUCAAAGCCAUGCAGAUUGAUCACGGCGGCAAAGGCGGUGGCGGUGGCGGUGGCCCUGCAAACAAUAACAAAGGCCUAAAACGCGGAGGCGGUGGUGGUGGUGGUGGAGGAGGCGGUGGACCACCGAAGAUGGUUCUUCCGCAGUUAACUCCACAACAGAUGCAGCAGUUGAAUCCUCAGCAGCUUCAGCAGCUACAACAGCUUCAGCAGAUGAAAGGGUUUCAAGAUCUGAAGCUUCCUCCUCAGUUAAAGGGUGGUCCAGGUCCUGGACCUGGCUCUGUUCCUAUGAACAAGAAUCCUCAGAUGCCUAAUAAUCCUAAUCAGAAGGCUGUGAAGUUCAAUGUUCCGGAUGAUGAUGAUGACGAGGACGAUUUCAGUGAUGAAUUCGAUGAUGAGUUUGAUGAUGAUGACGACGAGUUUGAUGAUGAUUUGGAGGAUGAUGAGUUUGACGACCACCCACCUCUGCCUAACAAGAUGAAGCCUAUGAUGGGCGGUGGUGGUGGGGGUAACAUGAUGAUGCCUAACGCUCAACAGAUGUUAAACGCUCAUAAAAAUGGUGGUGGUGGUGGUCCUGGACCCGCCGGUGGUAAAAUUGAGGGUAAAGGUAUGCCUUUUCCGGUUCAAAUGAAUGGAGGCGGUGGUGGAGGUCCCGGUGGUAAGAAGGGAGGUCCCGGUGGAAGCGGUGGUAAUAUGGGGAAUCAGAACCAAGGCGGAGGCAAGAACGGUGGUAAAGGCGCUGGUGGACAGACGUUAGAUGGAAAAAUGGGCGGAGGUGGCGGCGGUCCUAACGGUAAUAAAGGAGGUGGCGGAGGAGGCCAGAUGAACGGUGGUCCCAACGGUGGGAAAAAGGGUGGUGGGGGAGGUGGCGGCGGAGGAGGAGGACCCAUGAGUGGAGGACUCCCGCCAGGUUUCCGUCCAAUGGGAGGCGGUGGUGGUGGAGGGGGAGGACCUCCGGGGAUGAGUAUGCCAAUGGGUGGUCCAAUGGGUAGUCUACCACAAAUGGGUGGUGGUCCCGGUCCAAUGAGUAAUAAUAUGCAGGCAGUUCAGGGAUUACCCGCAAUGGGUCCAGGCGGUGGUGGUGGCGGCCCAUCCGCAGGAGCACCACCAGGAUAUUUCCAAGGCCAAGUCCCCGGCAAUGGCGGAGGCGGACAAGACUCAAUACCGGGAAAUCCCAACUUACAACAGCAGCAACAGCAACAACAACAACAACAACAAUACUUAGCGGCGGUUAUGAACCAGCAACGAGCCAUGGGCACCGAACGGUUCCAGCCGAUGAUGUACGCUAGACCACCACCAGCUGUCAACUAUAUGCCACCACAACCGCACCAACAAUAUCCAUACCCGUAUCCAUAUCCGUAUCCACACCAGUAUCCGCCUCACAAUGGUGACCAGUAUUCUGAUUACUUCAAUGACGAGAACACAUCAAGCUGCAAUAUUAUGUGAACAACAACAAAACUUUCCAUAGUUUGUUCCUGUCUGUGAUUAUACAUGGAAAUGGUUUUUUUUUUCAUAAUUAUUGGGGGUUCUUAGAAUCCUUCUUUUUUCUCCUCCAACGGAUCAAAUCCUAAAUUAUAUUAGGAUUUUCUUUUAAUUUGUGAUAGUUCUUAAGUAAUUUUAUAGAAUCAUAAUAUAAAAUCAAACGAAUAUCUUAUAUUCAGUACUUGUUUUUUUUCUCUGGGUUCUUACUUUCUUAAUGAGAUCCCAGUGUUCAUAUGUU